AUGUCUGCUGAACAACCAAUGUUCCCAGCUAACAACGCAAAUCAAGAAGCUAAUGAAGAUAUUAGAAUUGCUGGAUAUGAUCCAUUAGCAUCUCCUGCACUACUUCAAGUCCAAAUUCCUGCUUCGAAGACAAGCAUAGAAACUGCUAAGAGAGGAAGAAGAGAAGCUGGCGAGAUUAUAGCUAAAAGAGACGACAGAGUUCUUGUAGUGGUUGGUCCAUGCUCCAUUCACGAUUUGGAUGCUGCUCAAGAUUAUGCACGUAGAUUGAAAAAAUUAUCAGAAGAAUUGAAGGAUGAUCUUUGUAUCAUCAUGAGAGCAUAUUUGGAAAAGCCAAGAACUACAGUGGGCUGGAAGGGUUUGAUCAAUGAUCCUGAUGUUAACAACAGUUUCAACAUCAACAAAGGUCUACAAAGUGCAAGACAAUUGUUUGUCAACUUAACCAGUGCUGGUGUUCCAAUUGGUUCUGAAAUGCUAGACACCAUUUCUCCUCAGUACUUAACCGAUCUAUUAUCCUUCGGUGCAAUUGGUGCUAGAACUACUGAAUCUCAACUCCAUAGAGAAUUGGCAUCAGGUCUUUCAUUCCCUGUCGGUUUCAAGAACGGUACUGAUGGUACUCUUGGUGUUGCUGUAGACGCUGUUCAAGCUGCAUCUCACUCACAUCACUUCAUGGGUGUUACCAAGCACGGUGUUGCUGCAAUUACCACUACCAGAGGUAAUGAAAACUGUUUCGUCAUCCUAAGAGGUGGUAAAGCUGGUACCAACUACGAUGCCAAAUCUGUUGGCGAAGCUAAAAAACAAUUACCUGAAGGUUCUAACGGUUUAAUGAUCGAUUACUCUCACGGUAACUCUAACAAGGACUUUAGAAAUCAACCAAAGGUUAAUGAUGUGGUCUGUGAACAAAUUUCCAAUGGUGAAAGAGAUAUCGUUGGUGUCAUGUUGGAAUCCCACAUUAAUGAAGGUAAACAGAAUAUCCCACCUGAAGGUAAAGCAGGUUUGAAAUACGGUGUUUCCAUUACCGAUGGUUGUAUCGGCUGGGAAACUACUGUUGAAGUAUUGACUAAAUUAGCUGGCGCUGUCAGACAGAGAAGAGAACACUACAAAAAAUAA